UAUUCAAUAAUAAUCCAAAAAGUUGUAUAUAUAAAUGCAUCAACUUAUAGCUUAUUUAUAGCUAAUAAUACAAUAAUUGAAACGAAGAACACAGCCAUGGCCUUACAAAAAAAUCCCAUCAUGGUACUAUUAUUAUUUGGGUUAUUACAAUUAAUUGUAGUAACAAAAUCUGAAAAUACCACAAUUCAAGGGUGCCCACAAUACUGUGGCUCAGUCAAAAUCCCAUACCCAUUUGGCUACACCAAAGGUUGUUACUACAACACUUCCUUUCAACUCACAUGCAACCAAACAUUCAAUCCUCCCAAGCCAUUUUUCCAAGGUAGUAACGUCACCAUCCUCGAGAUAAUACUCGAGGAUGGUGAAUUACUAGUCGAGAGUCCCAUAGCACGGGAUUGCUACGACAAGAGAGGGAAACUGAUGGAAAACGAGAGCAAUCAAGUGGCUUCCACUAUCUCGUUUUCUCAGUUUCCUCUCAGCACGCGCAACAAGUUCAUCACGGUGGGUUGUGACACAAUGGGAGCUGUGGGAGGAGAGAGAGGGAGAUUCUUCGCCACUGGAUGUAUCGCCUUAUGUAACAGCAGAAACGACGUCGUUGAUGGGUCGUGUGAGGGGAUUGGAUGUUGCCAAAUGGAUAUUCCAAAAGAUGUUUGGGAUUUUGGGACGAUUUCGGGGCCUAUAUUGAAUAAUCAUGCAAUUGUUCAUGAUUUCAAUCCGUGUGGUUAUGCUUUUGUUGCCCAAGAAGGUAGUUACAAUUUUUCAAAGCUUGACCUUGUGAAUUUGAAGAAGAAAAAUACUUCUCGGGUUGUUUUGGAUUUGGCUAUUGGGAAUUUCACAUGUGAACAAGCCAAGGUUAUGGAUGAUUAUGCUUGUCGAGCUAAGAAUAGUGAAUGCUUGAACUCGAGUAAUGGACCUGGUUAUCGUUGCAAAUGCUUGGAUGGCUUUAAAGGAAAUCCUUAUCUACUUGACGGUUGCGGUGAUAUAAAUGAAUGUUUGAGGCCAAUAAAUCCAUGCCAAGAGAGAUGGAGUUGCGAGAACUUAAUAGGAAGUUUUAAGUGCUCUUGUCUCAAAGGGUUCAAAGGUGAUGGGAAGAUAAAUGGAACAGGCUGCACUCCCAUUGAUCACACAACCUCUAAAUUUGUCACAACACUUUCAAUUGCUUUGGGAGUUUCAACAGGUAUACUGAUUCUAAUUGUGGGAAGUUCAUGGAUUUAUUGGGGAGCAAAAAAGAGAAGACUCAUCAAAUUAAAAUAUAAAUUCUUUCAACAAAAUGGUGGGCUUUUAUUACAGCAACAACUUCAAUCUCAUCAAAUAGAGACAGCCCAAAUUUUUACAGCUGAUGAAUUAGAGAAGGCCACCCUUAAUUAUGAUCAAAGUAGGGUUAUUGGCCAAGGAGGUUAUGGAACAGUUUACAAAGGAAUCUUAACAUGUGACAAAAUUGUUGCAAUCAAGAAGUCCAAGAUCUCUAACACUAGCCAAAUUGAACAAUUCAUUAAUGAAGUCAUUGUGCUCUCUCAAAUUAAUCAUCGAAAUGUGGUCAAAUUAAUUGGAUGUUGUUUGGAGUCAGAAGUUCCUUUGUUGGUUUACGAGUAUAUUACAAAUGGUACACUUUCUGAUCACUUGUUUGACAAGUUAGGUAAAUAUUCAUCGCUUUCAUGGAAGAUGCGUCUUAAUAUAGCAACAGAAACUGCAAGUGCAAUUGCAUAUUUUCACUCUUCAAUUUCUAUGGCAAUCAUACAUAGAGAUAUCAAGACUGCAAAUAUUUUAUUAGACGAAAAUUGCAUAGCCAAGGUUUCUGAUUUUGGAGCUUCGAGACUAGUUCCUGUUGAUCAAACUCAAUUAACCACUCUGGUACAAGGUACACUCGGUUAUUUAGAUCCAGAGUAUUUUCACACUAGCCAAUUAACCGAAAAAAGUGAUGUUUAUAGUUUUGGAGUCGUGUUAGCAGAAUUAUUAACUGGACAAAAAGCACUUUCUUUCGAAAGGCCAGAAGGAGGUAUAAAUCUUGCAUUACACUUCAUUUCAUCGAUGAAAGAAGAUCGAUUACUCCAAAUUUUAGACAAGAAUAUGAUUAUCGUUGAUGAAGAUAUUGAAGCAAUUAAAGUAGUUGCUAAUCUUGCAAAAUGGUGUUUAAGAGUAAGGGGUGAGGAAAGACCUAGCAUGAAAGAAGUUGCAAGUGAGCUAGAAGGACUAAUACAUAAAGAGAUUCAUCCAUGGGGACCUAAUUCUAAUAAUAAUCAAGAAGAUAUGAAUGUAGAAGAGACUAAAUACUUGCUUGAAUCUUCAUGCCUUCAUGCCCAUAUUGGCUCAAGCAACGACUCAAGUGUUAGGUUUAAGAGCAUGCUUAAUGAGAACUUACAGUCAUAUCGUUCUGGAAGAUAAUUAAUUAAGAAUGAUUUGUUAUACUUUAUUGUAUAAAUAAAAUUGUAUAUGUUUAAUUGACAUUCUUUCCUUUUCCUUUUCAAAAUUUCUAAGAUUCUCUCUAAUUUAGUGUUAUAAUAGUAGUUUAGUGCUAUCGUAUUUAAUAAAAUUUGUUUUUAAUAGUA